AUGGUUACCAGAAAAGUAUGGGUUAAAAGGCCGCUAGCCUCUCCUACAUUGAUCACCAUAAAUGAGGAGGAUUUAGUUGAUGAUGUUCGCGAUAUGAUCUUGCGAAAAUAUGCAAAUUCCCUAGGGCGCCAAUACGACUCCCCGGACCUAACGCUUCGUAUAUGUGAUAGGGAACAACAGACGAGUAGAACUCUACAACCAGAUGAGCCCAUGGGUAGGACCCUCGAUGCUUACUAUCCCGGUGGCCAAUCUGUCGAUGACGCCCUCUUAAUCGAUAUACCAAGUCGUCGAACACCUAAAGCGUCUCCGAAUCCUAGAUACUAUGCUGACGACCGGCCUCAUGAAUCCGCAACCGAUUAUUUUCCACCCUAUCCUCCCGCUGCUCAACACCCGAAUAACGCCUCGACAACAGUUCUUAACGGCACUCACCAACUUCACUUUCCUCCCUCUUUAACUGUCAUCAAUGGGGGCCAGUUACCACCGUUACCGUCUCCUGGUGGGACAAGACGACUCGGAGGUUCAAGACCUAAAAUCCAGAGGAUGCACACUGCAUCACCAGUUUCUACUAUUGCGAGCGGUCUUGCUUCGCAACCCGCAGCGCCGCCUAUCGGUAUGCACAAUUACCCAAGACAACCGCGCUCAAGGACUCAUUCAGGUGCAUCUUCAGAACAAUCCAAUCAUCCGCCUGCCGCUCCCGCGAUCCCGACUCCUCCUAUCCCAGAACGUACCGCUACUCCGCCUCCGCCUCCGCGCGUCUCCUCGCCGCGACUUGUCAACCGGCCUAAGAAGAAGAAACCUGUCGAACACCCCAUGCUGCCACCGGGCAUGUUGAAUGGCGGCGUCCCGCCUAUUAACGUCCUCAUUGUCGAAGACAACAUCAUUAACUUAAAGUUGCUAGAAGCCUUCGUUAAGCGAUUAAAAGUCAGAUGGCAGACGGCUAUGAAUGGUAGAGAGGCAGUGAAUAAGUGGCGCGCUGGCGGGUUUCAUUUGGUUCUGAUGGAUAUUCAAUUACCUGUCAUGAGCGGUCUCGAGGCCACCCGCGAGAUUAGGAGAAUAGAGAAGGUCAACUCGAUCGGCGUGUUCUCCUCGUCUGCCAGCAGCCCUCCGGACGAGAUUAAGGCAGAACCUGCCGAGGAAGAUAAGCUCGUCAACACGGAGAUGUUUAAAAGUCCUGUCAUCAUCGUUGCCCUCACGGCUAGCUCCCUACAGAGCGACAGACACGAGGCCUUGGCUGCUGGUUGUAACGAUUUCCUAACCAAGCCCGUCAACUUCGUCUGGCUCGAGCGGAAGGUGAUGGAAUGGGGCUGUAUGCAGGCCCUAAUCGACUUCGACGGCUGGAGGAAGUGGAAGGACUUCUCGCAGAAGGCCGUGGAGGACGACUCCAAAAAGGCGGCUGCCGCUAAGAACGCCAAGGCCCCUAAGAAGAACAGGCUGUCGAUGACGGCCGCCGCUUGA